AUGCACGGCCUCGUGCGGACAGCAGCCAUUGUGCUGGCAUCUUCAGUCGUAUCGUCGGCUCUCCCAUUCAGUGGCAGCAAUGACGGUGACAAUACCUUACCCCAAGCAUUCAUCGACCUUGACGUGACAAAAGUCGUCGAAGAUGUUCUCAUUCCCAGGACGCUGCUCGCAUUCGAGGUCUCGGAAGCGGACACUUCAUGUGGACACAGCAAUGUCACGCUGGACGGCAAUUCACUGGAUGAGGACGAGGACGGAAUGGGUGCUGGCACCAUCGUUACCAAGCACGGCACCAGAGUCGACGCGGAAUGGCGCUACAGCUGUGUCCAGGUGGACGACCGUCAACACUUCGAGCGAAUCUUGACUUUCAACAUCAUCGACAUUGAUGGCUACCAGAUACAGGGCCUCAACUUCACAGUGCAGUUCCAGCAGUUGGCCCCUACUGGCGUAUCCCUGGUGGACGGCGCCUUCUCAGUGAUAAGAGUCCCUACCACGACGGCAGGGCGCCUCGCACCAGGCACGCCGAGGAACAAGCCAUUCAGCCUCCAGUCAGAGAUGUAUGAGCUCGAAAUCCUGAACGCGCGGCUUGCCCGACUCGAAUUUGAAAUCGCUGCCAAGGAGUUUUUCAUUGCCAAGUCAUUCCCGAAAUCCACGUUCGCCUCACCUCAAUCACUAUCCGACUGUACCAAUAUCAAGUGCUUCGUCAUAACACUCUACGACACUUUCAAAACCUAUCUCUCUGGCGCACACCGCGAUGGCUUUCACAGAGACCAGAAUGGGAUGAUCAUUGUUCCGCCCAAUGUCCCGGAGGCUGAUGUUUCGGACGUAGCCGCAGAAGGCACACCGGAAAAACACGCCCCCCCGGUGCAGGACGAAGAGACCAUGAUGUAUCCCAUCAUCGGCGCCUCUGUACAACAAGUCCAGAGCCCGAUUGUGUUGACAUCAGCAUCAGACUCGGUUUCGAACGAGGCGCCAUAUCCCGAACAGCCCACACAUAAGCAAGACCAUGCAUGGCGACUUUCGACGGCAAGCCUAACAGCCAGCCCCUUAAAGACCUCGGCGGCUGUCGGCUCAUCUCUGCUCCUGCUUGUGGCCGUCAUCUUUGCCAUCCGGGCUGCCUGCACUGAGAAGGCACGUGAACGCCGCCGUGCCCGUCGCGCCGCCCGAAAGGAAUGGCGCGAGAAACGCGAGGCUCGCCUCCGAGCCAUUAAAGCGAUCUUUGCCAACAUCUGUAGCUGGCUGCACGAACGAACAAGCCGCAAACGGGCCGCAGGCAAUGAUGUUGAGAAGGAAGCAGCUGCUCGCGAUGUCGCCGGUCAAGCACAUCAGGGCCACGAAGAGCACCACGUCGACUCCUCCCGCCUGUCCUGGGUCGCGCCCACGACUGAACAUGCAGCGGAGUGCUCAACCUCGCACCGCGAGCCAGAAAGCGAUGAAGAGUCAACCACAAUGGAGCAGGAUCUCGCACACUUCCGCGCUGUUGCGGGACUCGUGGAGAACCUCUUCGCUUUCACCACCACCUCUAGCAACACUCCGGCUGCUAGUGAUGGUAACACCACCACGAACACCACCAACGCCAACAAUAAUAGCAACGGCACCAUCAUGAGCCGUCUCCGCGGCGGCGUCGCCGCGUCAAGACUGACGUGGGCUUUGCGCCGCAGCAGUCUCCCGAGCUACAGCGACCCGCCGAGCCCGACGUCCACAGUGCCGGACUACUCGUCAAGCGACGAGACGCUGCCUUCGUAUGAGUCCUCGACCAACAGUUUUGUGGGGUGGGACUAA